ACCCGGGGGCGGCUCCCUGGGCAGCGGGAGUUCCUUCCCCCCUCCCACCCGGGGCGAGCGGCUCAGAUGUCGGAGUAGCGGCGGCUCUGGCGCUCCGCAACCUCCGUCUGCGGCAGCGGGGGCUGGCGGCCCCGGCCCCUGCUCGGCCCCCUCCCCCAACCCCAUGCCUCAGCCCUAACCCCGCCGCCCUCCCCCGCGGGGGGCAUUUCCCCGCGCCCCCUGCCCACCCUGUCCAAGCCAGGCGCCAUGAACGACCAGUACCACCGAGCGGCCCGGGACGGCUACCUGGAGCUCCUCAAAGAGGCCACCAGGAAGGAGCUGAACGCCCCCGAUGAGGAUGGCAUGACUCCCACUCUCUGGGCUGCCUACCAUGGCAACCUGGAGUCGCUGCGUGUCAUCGUGAGCCGAGGGGGUGACCCAGACAAGUGCGACAUCUGGGGCAACACGCCCCUGCACCUGGCAGCUUCCAACGGCCACCUGCACUGCCUCUCCUUCCUGGUGUCCUUCGGGGCCAACAUCUGGUGCCUGGACAACGACUACCACACGCCGCUGGACAUGGCCGCCAUGAAGGGCCACAUGGAGUGCGUGCGCUACCUGGACUCCAUCGCGGCCAAGCAGAGCAGCCUCAACCCCAAGCUGGUGGGCAAGCUGAAGGACAAGGCCUUCCGCGAGGCCGAGCGGCGCAUCCGCGAGUGCGCCAAGAUGCAGCGCAAGCACCACGAGCGCAUGGAGCGGCGCUACCGGCGCGAGCUGGCCGAGCGCUCGGACGCGCUCAGCUUCUCCAGCCUCACGUCCAGCACCCUGAGCCGCCGGCUGCAGCACCUGGCGCUGGGCAGCCAGCUGCCCUACUCGCAGGCCACGCUGCACGGCACGGCCAGGGGCAAGGCCAAGAUCCAGCGGAAGCUGGAGCGGCGCAAGCAGGGCGGCGAGGGCACCUUCAAGAUCUCCGAGGACGGCCGCAAGAGCGUGCGCUCGCUCUCGGGCCUGCAGCUGGGCAGCGACGUGAUGUUCGUGCGCCAGGGCACCUACGCCAACCCCAAGGAGUGGGGCCGCGCCCCGCUCCGGGACAUGUUCCUCUCCGACGAGGACAGCGUCUCCCGUGCCACGCUGGCGGCCGAGCCGGCCCACUCGGAGGUCAGCACCGACUCAGGCCACGACUCCCUGUUUACCCGGCCCGGCCUGGGCACCAUGGUGUUCCGCAGGAACUACUUGAGCAGCGGGCUGCACGGGCUGGGCCGCGAGGACGCGGCGCCGGACGGCGGGGGCGCCCCGCGAGGGCGGCUGCAGAGCUCCCCCAGCCUGGACGACGACAGCCUGGGCAGUGCCAACAGCCUGCAGGACCGCAGCUGCGGGGAGGAGCUGCCCUGGGACGAGCUGGACUUGGGCCUGGAUGAGGACCUGGAGCCCGAGACGAGCCCGCUGGAGACCUUCUUGGCUUCCCUGCACAUGGAGGACUUCGCCUCCCUCCUGCGGCAGGAGAAGAUUGACCUCGAGGCCUUGAUGCUCUGCUCCGACCUUGACCUCCGCAGCAUCAGCGUCCCCCUGGGGCCCCGCAAGAAGAUUCUGGGGGCCGUGAGGAGGAGGAGGCAGGCGCUGGAACGCCCGCCGGCCCUGGAGGACACGGAGUUGUAACAGGAGGCUCCUCUCCAGACCAAAAUGAAUUAAUUGCAAGUUGCCACAACCCAUCGUGGGGCCAUGAGGGCCUCACAGUCGCCAGCCCUGAAGCCAUCCCCUCCUCCCAGGAGCAAAGACCAUGUGGUCUUCUCCUUUGAAAGCCUGUCCACACUCCACAGCAGAGGCAUAGCCUGGAGGUACCAGCAAGGGGUCCCGGAGCCCUUGAGCCUCCCCCAUCUGAAUGGCCCCAAGGGUGUGUGGAUUAGUGGGAGGCCUGCCCCAGAGGAAGAGGGGUGCUGGAGCCCCAGGGAAUAGAUGACAGGCUCGAUGGAGCUGAAUGGGAGUGUGAGGGGGUGGGCAUGGCCUGUCCCACCGGGCCGGCCAGGCUGUUGUCUCUCCCCACCCCUCCUCCAAAGGUCCUGUUGCUGUGUUCAGGCUGGAGACUUGCUCACUUCCUCUGUUUUUGUGAAGGGAAGAGUUUGGGCUGCCUCCCCCUCUCCCCACCCUAGAGGGGAGGUUCCUGGCUAGACUCUUCAGCCAAAUGCCCUGACUUUAGUCCCCACCCCUGUCCCAAUCACAGCCAGCCCCCUUCUCCUUCUCCUGCUGGCCAUGCUGGGGAGCUGGAGUGCCAGGCGGGGGUGGGGGGGGCGGGGCUGCCUAGCAUCCUUACCAGCUCACCUUGUGGCGGGGCCCAGCCUGACUCUGCCCUCCUCACACUGCCCUCCUCCCCCCGCCUCCAGCCUAGUCCCUCCAGAGACCCCAGAGGGUCAGGGCAGUAGAUACAAGGUGCUAGAGCAGUGAGCUGCGGUAUUAGGGCCCGUAGGCCUGGUGGGCGAGCUCUGGGUUGGAGGGAGGCAGCUGCCAACUGCUUCCGCAUCUCCCAGGCCAGAGACAGGCGGAGACUGGGCACGUCUGGGUGUCUGGCCUCUUGGGGGCCAGUUGCACGAUAUGGACAGUGUAAGAGCCUGAGGAUGUGGCUGAUCUAAGCUGCUGGCUGUCCCUGGGUCCCCAGGACUCUGUGCAUGUGUGACUGUGUUGAGGGCUGGUUGGUCGAUUUGCCUCCCGGUGGGGAGGCAGCCAGGCGGCUGCGAGUUCUGCAUGGGCAGUGUGUCAGUGGGGGCUCAGCAUGUGUCCCUCCUCUGCGACAGCAGUGAGACCAGGGGAAAAGGCCAGCCCCAGGGGGUCCUCAGACAGGUGUCCUUGGUUUUCCAAUCAGACUGAGGUCAUGGCUAUGGGAGAGGUACUCAGGGGACCCCCGGUGUGCCCCUCAUCCUUUCAGCAGCGGACCCCCGUUCCUGACCCUCAGCUUAGGAAGCAGCUCCCACUGGGAGCACUGCCACAGUCCCCAUCUCUUUCCUGGGCCCCCUUGGCUGGGCCAGGGGACUAGAGAACC